AUGACUAGCUCGAAGCCCAUACCGCCGAGGAAGGCCUCUGGGCUUAACCUAGCACAAUCGUUCGCUUCAGGAUCGCCCCUCGCUCAGGACAUAUUGGCCAGCGAUCUGGCAGAAUGCCCAGAAGACGAGGCUGCCGCGGAUGGCGCUUCAUUCGGAUCUGGGUCUGGAUCAGUACCUGGUCCGAUCCUGUACAAGCAGCCAAGUGGCGUUGCCUACGGCUACAGACGACCGAGUGUAAUACCCGAUCCUGUUCACGAGCCCGUCCGCACGAGGGUCGAGAAGAAGGAGUCUCGACAGGCUGAGCGCAGUCUUUUGAGAGACAACCACCUAAUCCCGCCAAAGCAUGCGCCCAAGAAGAAGCCCGGGGUUCUCUCCCGUGUGUACCACAGACUCUUCAGCACCAAAGUUCGCAAGAUCCCCGAGGAUGAGGAGGUACCCCGGAUCACCGUGGAGCCCUCCGAGUCCUCGCCUUUGCUCGGUGGUACAGCUACUCCGUCAACGCCGGACUCGGAACAUAUGAAUGCGCAAUGGGAAGCCGCUAUGGCCUCGGGUGCCAUCGAGACCACGUGGCAAAGAGAAGCCAAGACUAUCGCGACUUAUUCUCGGUCUUUGAUCUUGACCUUUCUCUUACAAUACAGCGUCAACAUCACUAGCAUCUUCACAGUCGGCCGGAUCGGAAAGAUCGAGCUUGGCGCUGUCAGCUUGGCUACAAUGACGGCGAACAUAUGCUGCUAUGCACCCAUGCAAGGUCUUGCCACCAGCUUAGAUACACUAUGUGCCCAAGCUUAUGGCUCUGGCCAUAAGCAUCUCGUGGGCUUGCAACUCCAACGGAUGACAUACUUUCUUUGGAUACUCAUGUUACCCAUUGCCGUGCUUUUUCUCUUUGCUGAAGAUGUUCUUCUGUUGAUCGUCCCCAAGGCACGAUCUGCUGAGCUCGCUGGCCUUUAUCUCCGUGUUGUGAUCGCAGGUAUCCCAGGCUUUGCCGCCUUUGAAGGCGGCAAACGGUUCGUCCAGUCGCAGGGUCUGUUCGAAGCGACGACCUAUGUCCUCUUGAUCGCUGCGCCGCUCAACAUCCUGAUCAACUGGCUUAUGGUAUGGCAUCUCGGGUGGGGCUACAUAGGUGCCCCGAUCUCUGUUGCGAUCACUCAGACUUUGAUGCCCAUACUGCUGUUCCUGUAUGUCUUGUUUUUCAAUGGGUCGCAAUGCUGGGGAGGAUUUACGAGGCGGGCGUUCACGAACUGGGGUCCCAUGAUUUGGCUUGCAUUGCCUGGCAUGGUCAUGGUCAUGGCGGAAUGGCUUGCUUUCGAGAUCCUGACCCUCGUCUCAAGCCGGCUGGGCACAUCGUAUCUAGCUGCGCAGAGCAUCCUAGUGACCCUGACAUCGACAACCUUCAUGCUCCCAUUUCCCGUGUCCAUCGCGGCCUCUACUCGCGUGGCCAACUUAAUAGGGGCAAACUUAGUGGGCGCUGCUAAGACUUGUGCCAAAGUAGCAGUCUUUGCUGGCUGUAUCAUUGGGCUGUUCAAUUUGACCCUGCUCACCAGUCUCCGAUAUCAGCUCCCGCGGCUCUUCACCCAGGACGAAGAAGUCGUAGCGAUCGUAGCAGAUGUCAUACCGCUCUGUGCUGUCAUGCAGAUUUUCGACGCACUGGCUUCCGUGGCCCACGGUCUACUCCGGGGCAUUGGGAAACAAUCAUUCGGGGGCUACGCGAAUCUGCUCACGUACUACCUCAUCGCCUUGCCGAUCUCGUUUGCUACUGCGUUUGCCUUGGGUUGGGGGCUCACGGGGCUUUGGCUGGGCACGACAGUAGGGCUGCUACUGGUGGCCGGCAUGGAAUACUGGUAUGCCUACAUCUCGGACUGGGACCAGUCGGUGCGUGAUGCCGAACACCGCAAUACGGUCGGUUGA